CUCUGUCGGGGGGCCCCUGGGGGAGCAGGAGGCCGAGCAAGGGGCGCCUUGGGUCUGGCGCCUCAUGGUCCUCGGCUUGUUCCAAUGAGAACCCAUCCAUCUUGUCUUAAUGGCUCUGUGAAAUGCGCCUCGGGGUCCUUGUGCAGCUUCCCCCUCGCCUCAGCUCCGUCCCGCCUUCCCCCCGCUUAUCCGCCCCGCCAACAACCCUGUGAGGUUGGUUAGGCAGAGGGAGGGGGGGGCAUGCUGCCUCCAGAGGCAAUUGGGACUCCUGAGCGUAUCCAGUUGCUGCUGAAAGCAGCAUGACACGUUUUCUGUUGCAACAGUAAUGGAGAACCCAAUGACCACUUCAUCUCCCUCGUCACAUUUUCCAGAAGAUGAUGGCUCAAAGGAGAGUAAUGACGUUGUUCCAUCAGGGCUAAAUCAUUCAGAAGGAUCGUGCACUGGCAGUGCCUCCCAGUCCGCCAACAAUCCAGAUUUUGCAGAGGACUUGCUACACAGUCAACUGUUGCGAAAUGAGUCAUCUAAUAAAGCUGAAAAUAGUGAGCCAAGGCCUGAGGAGGAGCAAAGAACUAAGAGAGGAGGCUGGUCCAAGGGGCGAAAGAGGAAGAAACCCUUAAGGGAUAGCAAUGCUCCUAAAUCUCCCCUAACAGGUUACGUGCGGUUCAUGAAUGAGCGGAGGGAGCAACUUCGAGCGAAGAGGCCAGAAGUUCCAUUCCCAGAAAUCACCAGGAUGCUGGGCAAUGAGUGGAGCAAACUCCCUCCUGAGGAGAAACGGCGCUACCUUGAUGAAGCAGAUAGGGAUAAGGAACGUUACAUGCGGGAGCUGGAGCAGUACCAGAAGACUGAGGCGUACAAAGUUUUCAGCAGGAAAGCACAGGACAGGCAGAAAGGCAAAUCGCAUCGACAAGAAGGAGCCCGACAGGCUGCCCAUGACCAUGAGAAGGAAGCUGAUACAAAGGAGAGGUCCGUUUUUGAUAUUCCAAUCUUCACAGAGGAGUUCCUGAACCACAGUAAAGCACGGGAAGCCGAGCUGCGCCAGCUGCGCAAGUCCAACAUGGAGUUUGAGGAGAGGAAUGCUGCCCUGCAGAAGCACGUGGAGAGCAUGCGCACAGCGGUGGAGAAGCUGGAGGUGGAUGUGGUGCAGGAGCGCAGCCGCAACACAGUCCUGCAGCAGCACCUGGAGACCUUGCGGCAGGCCCUCAGCAGCAGCUUUGCUGGAGUCCCUCUGCCAGGAAGUGGAGAGAUCCCCACAAUGGACACCAUUGAUUCAUACAUGAAUCGGCUGCACAACAUCAUCCUGUCAAACCCGCAGGAUAAUGAGAAUCUUAUAGCCACCGUCCGAGAAGUUGUAAACCGCCUCGAACGCUAGUGCCUGGUUUCUUAGGCCCUGGAUGCUUUUCUUAAAGGGAUGAAACAAAUGUGAGGAAUGAGGGACAUGCUGGGAAUAAGCCGAAGACACUCUGGUUCUUGCUUACUGGAUGAGCAUCUUCUGUGAGGACCCAGGGGCAGCCCAAGAGAAGAUGACAUCCCCUCUAUCCAACUUCCAGAGCAAGCUUGCACUGCUGUGUGCCAUUUCCUGUUAUUUAUCACCCGGCUGUGGGCACACUCUGGACUAGAAGAUGCCAUGAUGAUGCUUCCUUCUCUGUCAGGUCAAAGUUGUCUGUCUUUGGUAAUACAAAGCUCUGGAAUUUCUGUUGCUCAGGCUCUGACAGAGUCUCUCUCUCCCCCCAGCGCAGUCCCACCCUGUUUCCCUGCACCUUAGUUGCAUGUACUCUGUGCUCUGCUGGCCAUCAAAGCCUCUCUUCCAUUUGGUGAAAAUGUCUGCAGACGUCUGUUAAUUGCUAAAAAAAACCCCUCUGUGAUAAUCCAGUAAAAAAAGAAAAGAAAAAGGACCAUCAGCUUCCUUUUUUCUCCCAGCAUUGUAAGUUCAAAACCUUCAUGUUGGACUGAAACCUUCUUUGUAGUUUGUUACCUAGUUUGAUGUUACAUGGUAGUCUUGUGAUUCAAAUAUCUCUUCUGAGCAACAGGAAAUGGGCCUGAAGGAGAAAUCACAUGCCCUUCCCCUUCUGGUAAUGUGUGGCCAUCCCAAAGAAAUAAACAAUGUAAACAGGUCUCUUGCUAUGGAUUUUUACAGAGCUCUAGCAAAAAUGAAAGUAAAUAAAAUGGGGAUCUGGAGACUACCAUAAAGCAGGCAUGGAUAACCUCCGACCCACAGGGCUCAUAAUUUGCCCUGCAGAGGCAUUUCCUCUGCCAUACACCUGACAUCCUACACUGUUGAGAGUGGGGCAGUUAAAGACAUGACUGCAAAGGAGCAUUGGGGAGCCCUGAAGUGCACUUCUGAGUGUUCUUUGGCAGGGCUGAUAGCGAGCUCCACUGGGAUCUGCUGCACUCAGGAGUUCCUGUUCAGUAAUCCAGCUGAUCCCUGCCAAAAGCAGGGCUUGAAGCUGGUGCCACUCAGCUGAUCAGCGCUGACUGCAAGCCCUACUUUGGGGCAGGGAUCUUCCUUUGUAGCAAACCCCUAGUUGCCCCUUUGAAGAGCUGCAUUACAUGCUUCAGCCAGUGGUAGAGGCCAGAGUGAAUUAUGUGGGUCACCCUAACCUAGAAUCUCACUGUGUUCCAUUGAGUCUGCACACAUUUAUGUCUCUACAAAUGGGAAAUGCUGCAGAGUCAAUCAAGCAAGAACAUGAGUAUGUUUGGCCCAGAUUCUAACACCUUGUGUGAAACCAGUGUUGACCAUCCAUGAAAUAAGUUUCACCUGAGUUUGCUGUCCUAUUACCUCGUUUACAGAUAAUCCUGUGAGCUGCUGAAUUUCUGAAUAGAUCACAUUUGGAGGAACGAGCUUAAGGACAUUGGUGUGUUGCUAGCCAGGGAUUCAUUACAAAGACAUGUAUUGUGGAUGCAAGGUCCUACAGUACUUUCAGCCAAUAGAUGAGGAAAAAACAGUGAUUGCAGGGCUGACAAAUGAAUCCUUCCUCAAAUGUGACCCCCCCCCCCAAUUUAAUGCCUUCUAUUGGUUUCUGCAAACACUGGUGUAACAUCACAAAAGUGUACUGUUGGCAUAUGUUUAACUCUGAUAAAAUACUGCCUUUUGAAUGUU